AAUAAAAGUCCUGCAUAAAUAAAAGUACAAAACUGCAGGCUGACAAGACAAACGAUACAUUAAAGGGCAGAGAACCAAGCAAAAGUGAUAAACGAAGCUCGGACACUUUUCCUCAGUUUUGGUGGCGAUCCCAGAGACGAUCCAGUCUGCGGAUUCAGUUUCGUGUCGCGCAUAACUUUGAGAAUAUGGCUCAACAAACCGGGAACGAUGGCUUGGUUUUCUAUGUCAACGGGAAAAAGAUAAUGGAGAACAACCCGGACCCCGAGACUAUGCUGCUGUCUUACCUGAGGAAGAAAUUGCGGUUGACAGGCACUAAGUACGGCUGUGGUGGAGGGGGAUGUGGAGCCUGCACCGUCAUGGUGUCCAGAUACGACCCUCAGACCAAGAGCAUCAAUCAUUGGUCGGUCAAUGCCUGUCUGCUUCCUGUGUGCCAACUUCACGGAGCCGCUGUGACGACCGUUGAAGGCAUCGGAAGCACCAAAACCAAAUUACACCCAGUCCAGGAGCGUAUAGCAAAGGCUCACGGGUCUCAGUGUGGGUUUUGCACUCCUGGGAUGGUGAUGUCCAUGUACACAUUACUGAGAAACAACCCUCAGCCCACCCUGGAGGACGUGACCGAGGGUCUCGCAGGUAAUUUAUGCAGAUGCACUGGGUACCGACCCAUCGUUGACGGCUACAGGACCUUCUGUGAGAGUGAAAGCUGUUGCCAGUUAAAUGGCUCGGCUUGCUAUAUGGCAAAUGGAAAUGGAAAUGGAAAUGAAAACGGAUCUGUGGAGGUCACGGAGAAAGAUCAACCUGAACUUUUUAGUAAAGAUGACCUGCUUCCCCUCGACCCAAGCCAGGAUCUGAUCUUCCCUCCUGAGCUCAUGAGAUUGGCAGAGGUCAAGGACCAAACCACUCAGAGGUUUUGUGGGGAAAGAAUGACCUGGAUCAGCCCUGGAUCUCUAGAUGAGCUGCUCCAGCUGAAGGCAGAUUACCCACAAGCCCCUCUUGUCAUGGGCAACACCAACAUAGGUCUAGAUAUGAAGUUCAAGGGUGUCUUUCAUCCUGUCAUAAUAUCACCAACACGUGUGCCAGAACUGUUUAAAGUUACUCAGAAAUCAGAGGGUGUGUGUGUCGGAGCAGGAUGCAGUAUGUCUGUUCUGAAGAGUGUGUUGGAAAGAAGUAUAAAAGAUUUCCCGCUGGAGGACACACACAUGUUUCGGGCUCUGCUGCAGCAGAUAAAUCUUGUGGGCGGACAACAGAUACGAAACGUGGCUACACUGGGUGGCAAUAUUGCAAGUGCAUAUCCAAACUCUGACUUGACCCCCGUCUUAGCUGCUGGGAGAUGCACUCUAGUGGCACUUUCUAAAGACGGACGAAGGAGGGUGCCCAUCGAUAAAGAUUUUUUCCUUGGAUUUGCAAAGACAAUUCUAAAGCCAGACGAGAUAGCGUUGUCCGUUUUCAUUCCAGCUACAAGACCGAAUGAGAUCGUCCAUGCCUUCCGACACGCCCCUCGUAAGGAGAACGCACUAGCUACGGUGAAUGCUGGGAUGCGCGUUUGGUUCAACGAGAACUCAAAUGUAGUGAAGGAGAUCAGUAUUUAUUACGGUGGAGUGGGAGCCACCAUCCUCAGCGCCGACCACACGAGUCAACAGAUUGAAGGAAGGCCUUGGGAGGAGGCAGUAUUAAGUGAUGCGUACAGAGCGCUGGUUGAUGAGAUCAAACUUGGGCCUUCCGCUCCAGGCGGGAAAGUGGAUUUUCGCAGAUCUCUGACUUUGAGCUUGCUUUUUAAAUUCAACCUGCUCGUCCUCCAAUACCUGAAGGGAAAGGAUGUGACUCAAGGGGAAAUACCCCAAAAGAUGCUAAGUGCAAUUCAACCUCUUCCUAAAAAUACUCAGCCCGGCUACCAAGAGUUUCAGAAUGUCUCAGAGGGUCAGUCGGCUCUAGAUCCAGUGGGCCGACCCAUGAUGCACCGGACAGCUCUGAGUCAAGCUACAGGAGAGGCUGUUUACUGUGAUGAUCUACCACAUACUGAUGGUGAACUUUUCCUCGUGAUCAUAACAAGCUCCAGACCACACGCCAAGAUCACUCGUAUUGACUGCAGUGAAGCUCUGAAACUGCCCGGUGUGGUGGAUGUGAUCACUGCUAAAGACAUACCAGGCAAAAAGUUCAAAACCUUCAGUGGAUAUGACGAAGAACUGCUUGCUGUAGAUGAGGUGACCUGUGUUGGUCAGAUGGUUUGUGCUGUGGUCGCAGAUUCAAAAGCGCACGCUAAACGUGGGGCGGCAGCGGUGAAGAUCAGCUAUGAAGAUCUGCAGGAUCGCAUCUUCACAGUCGAGGAUGCCAUCGAGAAAGAGUCUUUCUUCCUACCUAAGAGAAUGAUUGAGCGAGGAGAUGUGGAAAAGGGUUUGAGAGACGCUGAACAAGUGUAUGAAGGAGAGAUUCGGAUCGGAGGACAGGAGCAUUUCUACUUGGAAACACAGAGUUUUCUGGUCGUUCCAGUUGGGGAAGAGAAGGAGAUGAAGGUUUAUUUGUCCACUCAGCACCCAACAUUUACACAGGAGUCAGUAGCUGAGACGCUAGGAAUCCCGUCUAAUCGCGUUUUUUGUCACGUGAAGCGAGUGGGCGGAGCCUUCGGAGGGAAAGUCACCAAAACCGCCAUUUUGGCCUCCAUCACUGCUGUCGCUGCUUGGAAAACUGGACGGCCAGUACGAUGUGUUUUAGAAAGAGGAGAGGACAUGCUCAUAACUGGAGCACGCCACCCAGUGUGGGGAAAAUAUAAGGUAGGCUUUAUGAAAAAUGGGAGGAUAACAGCAGCUGAUUUCCAGUAUUAUGCCAACGCUGGAAAUACAGCAGAUGAAUCCGUGCUGGUGGCAGAGAAGAUCCUCCUGCAUCUCGAUAACGCCUAUAACAUUACAAACCUGCGUGGACGAUCUGCAGCCUGCAAAACCAACCUGCCCUCCAACACCGCAUUCAGAGGGUUCGGUGUGCCCCAGUGCAUGCUGGUCAUUGAGAGUAUGAUCGAUGAUGUUGCACUCAAACUCGGCCGUCUGCCCGAAGAGAUCAGGGAGAUAAACAUGUAUAAAGAAGUCUCCCUCACGCACUACAAGAUGGAGUUUGACCCGGAGAAUCUCGUCCGCUGCUGGAACGAGUGUAUUGAAAAAGCUGAAUUCAGGCAGCGGCGGCAGGCUAUCGAUCUCUUUAACCGGCAGAACCAGUUCAAAAAGAGAGGAAUCGCCAUUGUGCCAAUCAAAUAUGGCAUUGGGUUUGCUGAGGGCUUCCUCAACCAGGCAGCCGCUCUCGUGCAUAUUUAUAAGGAUGGGACUGUGCUAGUGAGCCACGGCGGGACUGAAAUGGGCCAAGGCAUACACACUAAAGUCCAGCAGGUGGCGAGUCGAGAGCUGAACAUUCCUGCUUCUUCGAUCCACAUCUCUGAGACCAGCACACAAUGCGUCCCGAAUACCUGCCCAUCUGCUGCCUCUUUUGGUACUGACGCUAACGGAAUGGCUGUGAAGGAUGCCUGCCAAAUACUGUACAACAGACUAGAACCAAUCAGAAAGAAGAAUCCUAAAGGAACAUGGCAGAACUGGGUAAGUGGACAAACUAUAAAAAUUGUUUUGUCUGUUUUCAGAGGUCACGAUCUGGACAUGGACUGGGAGAAGCAGGAAGGCAAGCCGUACGCUUACUUCACGUAUGCAGUAGCCUGCAGUGAGAUUGAGCUGGACUGUUUGACCGGAGAGUACAGGACCUUGAGGACUGAUAUUGUUGCUGAUAUCGGCAGAAGUAUAAAUCCAUCAAUUGACGUUGGUCAGAUUGAGGGAGCGUUCGUGCAGGGUCUGGGUCUCUACACCAUGGAGGAGCUCAAGUUUUCUCCGUCUGGUGUUCUUUACACACGCGGACCAGGCCAGUACAAGAUCCCGUCCUUCUGUGACGUCCCUCUGAAGUUUAACGUCUACCUUUUAGCCGGCUCAUCCAACACUCACGCCAUCUAUUCUUCAAAGGGGAUCGGAGAGCCGACUGUUUUUCUGGGUAGUUCUGUAUUCUUUGCUAUUAAAGACGCUGUGACUGCAGCCCGAAAAGAUGCAGGUUUAUCUGGCCCGUUCCAGCUGAAUAGCCCAGCCACCCCAGAGCGGGCAUGUCUGGCCUGUGCCACACACUUUACAAAGAUGGUUGCACAAAGUGGAGCAAAUUCUGGACCAGUUCAGCCAUGGGCUCUGAACAUAUGAAAAUAUCAUCAAAAUAAUUUUAUGUUUUGUUCUGAUUUAAAACUGUUGUGUUCCUCUUAUCAGAUCACAAGACAUUUAACAUUUACUGAUUAACAUACGACGCAUACAACAUUAUCAACUGAUUACUAAACAAUAGGUAAUCUACUAAAACAAAAUAAAAACUAACAAAAGAA